AAUUGGGUGACAACUUGAAAUUGACAUCUACAAAUACAUUGAGGGAGUCAGACGAGCAGGGAAAAGGAGAAGGAAAAGAAAAAUGUUAGGGUAGAAGCACUUGGCGCAGUUAACAGCAAGUAUUAGGGCAUCCUUGACGCCUCAAGACGAAUAAUGUGGAGUUGGGCAGGAAGAUACACCAACGCGGUGAGGUGGAUUAGCAAAAAAACAACUCCGCCCCAGGAGGUACAGAGGAGCUGCCUUGGUAAUUGGGUAUCCAUGGUUUUGCGUCUUCCGAAGCGUUUGCGACUACAGGAGAAGAAAGUCACGACCAGGUAUCCUCGAUUUUCCCGCUGAUUCAACCCGUCUGACAGCCUCCAUUAGGGCUUCAAUCCCCCCCCCCCACUACAACGGUGGAUGAACUGUUUGGAUGAGGAUCAUUAAUCUCUUUGCAUCACUAUAGUGUGUCUUCGGGAUGGUUGCCUCCGAAUUCUCGAGGUUGUGAUUCUAACGCCAUGGCAAUGGUUCAAGCUCCCGUGAUGUUUCGCCAAUUCUGUGCAUCCUCGUAUGGUCUACCUCGCUUCAGUUCUUUUUCUCCAGCUUUGGGGGAACGUCUGGUCGUAAGAUGUAGUUCAGGCUCUGAUAGCGAUUCCAAGCAGAAGGUCGUCUUCCUCGGCACUCCCAGUGUGGCUGCGGGCGUAUUGGACGCAUUGCUGGAUUCUUCACGAGCUGACGAUUCUUUGUUCGAGGUUGCAGCCAUUGUGACUCAGCCACCGGCUGCCCGGGGCCGAGGAAGGAAGCAGCUUCCGUCUCCUGUUGCAGCUCGAGCUCUUGAACGCGAGUUUCCAGCUUCUCUUAUUUGGUCUCCUGAGAAAGCCUCAGAGGAAGGGUUUUUGAAAGAUUUGGUAGCACUUAGGCCAGAUCUCUGCGUGACUGCAGCAUAUGGCAAUUACCUUCCCUCUAAAUUCCUUGCCAUCCCAACAUGCGGCACAGUGAAUGUUCACCCUAGUUUGCUUCCUUUGUACCGAGGAGCAGCGCCCGUGCAAAGGGCUCUAUAUGAUGGUGUGGACGUAACUGGUGUAACUGUUGCGUACACAGUUCGUGCCAUGGAUGCCGGUCCAAUAAUUGCAUCAGAACGUGUGAAUGUCGACCCCAAUAUUAAGGCACCAGAGCUGUUAUCAUAUUUGUUUGGAAGAGGCACGGAGCUGCUUUUAAGAGAGUUACCAGCUAUUCUUGAUGGAUCUGCCAAGCUUAACGCCACACCACAGGAUGAUUCUCUUGCAACUCAUGCAGCCAAAGUUACAGUAGAAGAAUCGUGGCUGUCAUUUCAAGAAACUGCAGUUACAUGCCACAACAAGGUGCGUGCAUUUGCAGAAUGGCCUGGAGCGAAGUGCAAGUUUCAAACACGGAGUUCAGAUGGACAGAUUAAAACGUUAGAACUCAAAAUUAUAACCACUAGGGUAGGUGGUUCUGUGGAAAACUCAGAUGGACUCGUGAAACUGAUCGGUGACGCCCUGGUGGUUCCCUGUGGAGACAACACGACUCUAGAAAUACUAGAGCUGCAGCCACCAGGAAAGAAAGUUAUGAGGGCGAAAGACUUCUGCAAUGGCUUACGCGGCCAGCAGAUUUUAGUUAGUAAUACUGUUCAUGUAUCUGUUUAGGUCAGUGCAAACACAAUAAGAUAUGAUUUGUUGAAGUUUUGAUAAUUCAAUUGAUUCCCCAUGGGUUCCCCAAUUCGAA